UUGCUGACACAGAGAUGCAGAGCUUUGUGAAGACCAUCACGGGCAAGAACAUCACCCUCGAGGUCGAGCCCAGUGACACCACUGAGAAUGUCAAAGUCAAAAUUCAAGACAAGGAGGGUAUCCCACUUGAGCAGCAGCAUCUGAUAUUCGCUGGCAAACAGCUGGAGGAUGGCGGCACUCACUCAGACUAUAACAUCCAGAAAAAGUCCACCCUGCACCCGGUGCCGUGCCUGCAAGGUGCCAUUAUUGAGCCUUCCCUCUGCCAGCUCGCCCAGAAAUACAACUGUGACAAGAUGAUCUGCCGCAAGUGCUAUGCUUCCCUGCACCCCCAUGCUGUCAACUGCUGCAAGAAGUGUGGCCACACCAACAACCUGUGACCCAAGAAGAAGGUCAAAUAAGCCUCUUCCUUCCUCGAACGGCAGCCUACUGC